UAUCACUGCGUUUCGUACUCUUUGUUUUCGAAUUUGCCAAAAAUGACGGAGACAAUAAAUUAUUUUUUGUUUUGUCUCAUAAUAUGGAUGGUGAAGCGCGUGUGCUAUAAAAAAAUGUCCCGAAAUCUUUUCGCGUGCCGUGGAUGCCUCGCUACAGACACGAAGUUGUACGAUUUGUACGAAAAGCAACUGCUGGAUGUGUUCAGAGAUGUCGUUGGUAGCCCGUUUCAGGACAUCGAGUCGGACAGUCUACCAUCAUACAUCUGUUCCUGCUGCAAAGCGCUGCUUUUGAAAUAUACGACCUUCAGAAGCAGGUGCCGCCGCGCUCAGCAGGUGCUAGAAGAAGUGGAGUUUCACGGUGGUCAGUUGACGACAGACUUCAUAGCGUCCAUUGACCGUCCAUACUACGGCCUGAAUAUGAAUUUGACAACAUCAAACCCAGUCACCAUGGACAGCGAAGAUGUCGACAAUGAGACCGAAGUGGAAUAUAUAAACAGCUGCACCGAAGACAAGCCGUUCGUCAAACUCGUGUUCUUUGAAGAGUCCGAGCAAAACGACGAAAAUGUUCUACACAACGUCUGUGAUGAAUACGUGAUCGAAGACUUGGACAACAAUGAUCCAGAAUUCGAAAACAUGAAUCCUGAAGUUGUCGAACGCGCAAACGUUGACGAGGUCAAUUGCAACGCCCCAGAGUUCUGGUGCACCUACUGCGGGGAGUCGUUUUUGAACGACGUAGGUCUCCGGAAUCAUAAGAAGAAGACGCAUUUUGAUGUGCCGAUGAGGGAGUUUCUCUGUGACACCUGUGAGGUUCCCUUCUUGAAUGCGGAAGCUUUGAGAGAGCAUUGCAGUGGUUUAUGCACUCCAAAUCCUUGCGUGCAUUGCGGGAUGAGUUUCGAGAGUGAAUUGUAUCUGAAGUUCCACAUUCUACACGUGCAUAGGAAGGUUAAAAGGAACAUGUUGAAAUGUGAUGCUUGUUAUACGGAGUUUGUGAGUGCCAGAGCUCUGAGCACGCAUUUGAGUUUGACGCACAGUACCUGUAGGGGGUUGAGCUCUUGUGUCCAGUGUGGGAAGAGUUUUAUCACUCCAGGGCUGAUGAAGAAGCAUGUUGCUGAUAAGCAUGAGGGCAAAGAAUUUGUUUGUCAAAAGUGCGGCAAGACUUUCCCCACAGUACACACGUAUGGCAAACAUUACGAAUUAAUCCAUAUGAAACACAAGAAUCGCCGUCCCACUCGCCUCACCGGGCCCAAGAAAUGGGGCGUGGUGUCCGUCGCUGGGGCCACGCUUAUUGCUGGGUGCUCGGGCGAAGAUGACAGGAGCGAUGAAGCUGAUAGGGAGGACGGAAGCGUAGUGUGCGAGUUUUGCGGCAAAAUAUGUAUGAACAGCAGCCUCCUUGAAUACCAUCAACUAAUCCACACUAGAGAGAAACCAUACAAGUGUGUCAUCUGUCAAAAAGGGUUCACUACCCCCAUAUUGCUUAAGCAACACAUAAGGGUGCACACUGGGGAGAGGCCGCACAAGUGUGAAUACUGCCCGAAGAUGUUCAAGUCUAGAUCUGCCCUCAACAGGCACACAUUGAUACACACGGGGGAACGCAAUCACAUUUGCCAGCUUUGCGGCAAAGCAUUCAUCACAUCAACGAACGUGAAGACCCAUAUAAAGACUGUCCACAUGAAGAUUCCUUUGCCCCCGAGGGACCGGAGCCGAAGAUUAUACGUCCAGUGAGAGGGAAAGAGAUAGCAACCUGUUCACCAGCUCCCUCUAGAAGAUACCAUUGACCCUAUUGAACUUUCGCCAUCCAAUUCUAUUCUUCUCGACCGGUAGAUUAGUUUUUAAGAUAUUUUUUUAUUUUUUCUAGAAAAAUUUAACUCGUUCGAAGGCAUCAGGCCUGAAAUUAACCAGCAUUAUUUGUUAUUUUUAAGCAUUUAACUGCUAGAUGUUUAAAUCUAAAGCAAUUUCUGCUAGAAAAAAAUCCACACGAACCAGGUAGUAGACGGGACUCGAACCCGCACCCUUCGCUAUUCGGGCGAAUGCACUCAGGGUUGUGGUAGAGCAUAAUGGUAAGUGCAUUCGCACGGUUCGAGUCCCGUCUACUGCCUGGUCUGCGUGGAUUUUUUUCUAGCAAAAUUUUCUCUUUGCACCGGCAACUUUGGCUAGCCCGGACGCACGCACAAACCAUUAUGCCACCGAGAUGUUAAAAAUGUGAAGCCCUAGUACAUACAGGGCGUCGCACGGGUUUGUAACACGGAGGGCAAGUAAUAAUAAUAAUAAUAUAGCCUCUUUAUUUCCAUAACGAACAAGUAAUAAAUAUCAUAGAACUAUUCAUAAGUAUAUGCAUGAAAUAAUAAUGUAUUGAAACAAUUAAUACUAUAAAUUAGAUUACAAUUAGCAUUUUAAAAUUUUCAUUUCAUACAAUUGUCAAGUAAUAAUAAUAAUAAUAAACGAGCCACGAGGUAACCGCUUUGUGGGAUGUGGAUUCGACGAUCAUUGUCCCUAUAGUCGUUAGCGUAAACGGUCUCAUAGCGAAGAGUCUCGACCAACAUCUAAAGAGCCUCUCGCUAGAUGGUUGGGUCAAGGGGCAGAUGCAAAAGGCAGUACUCCUGGACACGGCGCUCAUCGUCAGGCGGUUUCUUUCUCUGCGGCCCUAACCACCGGUAGCUUGGGCCUCGCUCCGCUGCUGGUGGCCUUCUAGGUUAGGUUUUUUAUACUAUAUUUAUUUUUGUAUUUACGUGUUUGUAUUUUACUUUUAUAUCUAUUUUAUAAAAAACCUAACUUGUGAAAUGAAAUAAAUGAGAGUAUAAUAAUAAUGAAAUUCAAAUUCUAAAUGAUAAUUAAAUGUCAAAGUAAUUAAUAAUUGCAUGUCAUUAUGGACCCUCAACGAGUAAAGGCCUCCUCCAUUUUGUUCCACGUCUGUCUUUCCUCUUCAGUCAGUCCUUAGCUUUUGUAAUCCAAUUUUCACCAGCCUUUCUUAUUACUUCAUUAACCCACUUUUCUUUCGGUCUACCUCUUUACCUUUUAUUUGUAAGUCCCUGCCAACUAGUCACUCUGUGUGUCCAUUUUUCCCCAUCCAUUCGUGCAAUCUGACCCGCCCUGCCUGCGGAGGGAAAUUAGGCGUUUAGCAGACGACGGGGCGGGGCGGGCUGGUCAAUUUCGCCGCGAAUAAUAGCACAAAGUGAAUCCUAUACUUCAAACGCACACAGAGGGCAAAAAGACCGCGCCUUGGGUGCCCGGCGGGCAGUGGCGGCGCGGCAUGUCUGCGGCUGCCCGCCGUGGAUCAUACAAACCAGUUUAUAUGCAGUAACGCAAACGGCGGCGCGGGGCGGGGCGGUCAGCUCAGUCCGCGCCACGCGCUUAUUAGUGAUGGACUAUUUAGGGAUGUCGAAAGUUGAAAAAAAUAUCGAUAUAUCGAUACAUCGAUAUUUUAAAAAAUAUCAAUAUCGGCUUCGAUAUAUCGCGAAAAAAACAUCGAUAUAUCGAUAUAUCGGACCAAUUUUCCUAAAAAUAUCGUACAGUAGCUCACGAAAUAUGACACGCGGAAUAAUAAUGGAACGAAAAUUUUCUCCCUAAAAAUAGACCCUAUUUUCCAAUGAUGACAUAGACAAUACUAAAUACAGCACAGAUCAUAGAUAUAUUGAAUAUCAUUAAUCUGAGAUCCAGUUACGAUUUUUCCAGAUACGAAUUUAGUUAGAUCGUGAUAUGCCGCUAACAAUAAAAAAAAAUAUCGUUUUUGAUACGAUAUUGGUUAUUUUGUAUCGAUGUAUCGAUAUAUCGAAUCAAAAUAUAUCAGCAAAAAAUAUCGAUAUAUCGAACAAAAAAUAUCGAUAUAUCGAUACAUCGAUAUGUUUUCAACAAGCCUAGGACUAUUCACUAGAACGAACGUCCUGAACUGACCGCCUCUGCCCGUCGUGUGCUUUGUGUACGCGGCGCGGGCAGCCGCGGGACAUCGACGGGCAGACGCGGUCUUUAUUGCUUCGCGGACAAAAUGCCCGCCCCGCCCCGUCGUCUGCUCAACGCCUUAUAAUACAUUACUCGCAAUUAAAAUCUUCAAGAUGCUGUAGAUGGAAAAGUCUUAAAGAUGGUAUAUAUCUGGCUCUUUGUCAAAAUGUAACUACUGCAUCCUGGUUUGGGGAGGCUCUAGUUCUUUAACAUUACUUCCACUCGAGAGAGCACAGAGAGCGCUUUUAAAGGUGGCACUCCGAAAACCUAUGCUUUUUUCAAAUGAUGCUCUUUACACAGAAGCUAAGGUCCUAAGCGGCAGAAGACUUUACUUCGUGAGAGUAGCUGUUUCGGUCCACAAGACUGUAAUGAGGGCUAUCGCGUAUGAAUCCGCCGCUAGAGGCGCUAGUGUAGCGUGAGGUCUCCGAAAUGUCAAAUGUUAUUGCUUGUUGGUUGACUACGCGUGUUUAUUUCUAAUUAAAAUAAUGUUGUGAAUAAUUGGUAACAAUUCGGCUUAAUUAUGGCAAAUAUGAGUUACGUGGCAAUGAAUGUCAGUUAUUAAAAAUUUGAGCUUAGAAAAAUGAUUAUGUUCUCAUUUUUUCCGAAUAAAACGGAACUGUGCGUCACUGUGGCAUGGCCUAUUAUGUUUAGGAUAUGGUUCUUUUGUGUUAAAAUACGAUCUAAAUGUAACCUUUGAUUUCAUGUGCGUAUUAAUAAACUUUAAAACGUUACAAUUUAGGACGUCACUCAACAGUGGCGCCAUCUGGUGAGACAGAAAACGGUAGCCCUCAUUGUGUCCAACGGGUAUAAAAAUUUGGUUAAUAAACGUAUUUAUAAACUACCCAAUAUCACAACGUGCACAUAUUUUGCAAAGCGGUUCGGUUCUAUCCUUCUUCCAUUUAUUUAUAAUAAAUAAGCAAUCAUUUGUCAGCUAAAAAAGUGUACCUACUGUGAAUAAAACACCUCGUCUUGUGUCCAUAGCUGUAAUGAAUUUGACAUGCAAAGAAUUUGAAAACGUAAUGGAUAUUAUCAUAUGAAAUUAUUCUUUAAAACGUGAAACACACACACACCACACAUACGCACACGCACGCACACAUACAUACACACACACGCGCUCACACACACAAACUAAAUUUAUGUAGGUAUUUAUGUAAAUGUAUUCUGUAAAUCAACUCUGCUUUCCUAUUUAGUCACAUUUAUUUAAUGUAUAUCAAAACUCCUUCCCCACAGGACAGGCUAAGCCUAGUGUGGGGGCUAGACUUCUGUAAAAUUGUUGUGAAAUUUGGAUAUAAAUCAUUAUUAUCAUUUGUAAUCGCGCGCUCCAUCUAAGGAAUUUUAAGCGAACUAUUUUAAAGGUUAGAUUAUUUUAAGCACGCAUGCUUAUUGUGCUAGUCUUGAUAAAAAAAGCACUGUCGUUAUCGUAUAAGAAAAUGCUUAAUUUCUCGAUAGACGGCAGCACUAAAACCAAUUAAAUAAAAAACAAAUGAAUUACAGAUAAUUUUAUAUAGUCAUGGCCCAAUCUCCCUAUUCCAUCCGUAGGGAAGGCCUGUGCCCCAGCAGUGGGGACAUUAAUAGGCUGAUGAUGAUUAUACUUUUGAUUUAAGCAUCAAACUGCUAGAUUUUAAAAUAUCAAAACUAAAAAAGUAUAAUUAGAAAAAAAUCAUUCGCCCGGAUUGCGAAGGGUGUGGGUUCGAGUCCCGUCUGCUGCGUGGUCCGCGUGGAUUUUUUUCUAGUUAUAUUUUCUUUAGAUUUAAACAUCAAGCAGUUACAUGCUUUAAAAAAUUAAAAAUAUCAAGACUAUUUUUACAAUAAAAGCCUGAUGCCUUUUACUUUGCUACGAGUUGAAAUUUUCCUAGUUUAAAAUGAAAAAUCUAGCAUUUAAGUCAAAAAUGCCUAAAUAAAAGUGUAAUUAAAUAAUGACUUAUUUUUAACGAUGUGGCAGAGUUAUAUAUCGUCAUUGUACAGUGAACACCCAGUAAAUUUAAAUUAGUUGAUGGUACAAAAUCAACUCUGUUUUUCAUCUCCAUAAAGUCGAUUUCAUAUUAUCAUCUAAUGUUGAUUUACUGGGUUUCUCUGUAGGACAAAGAUAUAGAACCUUGUUGUAAACUUCAGAGUUGACAACAAGGUUGGAUCAGCC